GCUGCGGCGCGCUGGCGGCCAUGUCGGAGCUGGCGCGGGAGGAGCUGUCGGCGCUCGCCGCCAUCUACUGCGAGCCGGGCGCCUGCGAGGUGCUGGCGGCCUCAGAAACACAUGGAAUCUCAUUUAGAAUUCAAAUCAGUGUGAAAGAAGUGUUGGAUACAGAUGUAGUUUUAAAGCUGUUAUUUCAUUUACCAGUCAAUUACCCAUCAACUCUACCGGAUAUAUCUGUUAACUCAGACCAGCUUACAAGGGCCCAAUGCAUGGACGUGAAAGAUAAAUUACUUGAACAAGCAAAGAAGCAUCUUUCUGAACCCAUGGUGCAUGAUCUGAUUCUUUGGGUACAGCAGCAUCUUAAAGAUGUCAUUAAGCAAUCAGCAACAGUUUGCAAUGAAAAAACUGCUUUGUCAAAAGGAACAGAAGAUGGUAUCUGGAUGCUCCUUUUGCAUUUAGAUCACAUGAGAGCAAAGGCAAAAUAUGUGAAAACUGUGGAAAAAUGGGCUUCAAAUCUAAGGCUGACUGGAAGACUGAUGUUCAUGGGCAAGAUAAUAUUGAUUCUUCUUCAGGGUGACAGGAGCAGCAUUAAGGAGUACUUGAUUCUUCAGAAAACUUCUAAGGUAGAUGUGGACUCAGGUGGAAAGAAAUGCAAAGAGAAAAUGAUGAGUGUACUGUGUGAGACAGAAAUACAGUCACAGCAUAAAAGGUUUCAGACAUUCGAAAUCAAAGAAUAUUCAGCACUGGAGGAGCUACAAAAGGAAUUUGAAGCUGCAGGACUUAAAACUCUUUUCUCUGAGUUUGUCCCUCCUCUCUUUAAAUAAAAUUAAAAGAAAACAUUGGACCUUUGACCAAAGCAGUGGUUGACUGCAGAUGCUGAUGGAAGAUGAAAGGACUUGUGGCAAACAGUGUUGAAGCAUUUUUGCAAAAAAUACCAGUAGUAGUCAUCCUUUUGCAAGAAGGGGGCACAUUAAGAACUGAUAAUUUUUUGGCAUUUAUGUAUUAAUAGCUUUUUCCAACGAAUGUGAUGUUGAUUGUGAUAAUUGCAUGGCAAGCAUGAGAGAUUGGGAAGAAAUAAUGUUAAAAACAUAGUCUUCUAGUCAGACUCUGUUUUGCAGUCCCUGUUUUUCAAUGUUUUGUUCCUUCUCAUGGUAGAGUUUAUUGAUAAUGGCCUGCUGGAAAGCAUGAUUAAUUUUGCUUUGUAAGAUUAUAUGAAGAUAUUUCUAUAAAGAAACAUAGCAAACACAGAUUUGAAUACGUGAGGACAGCGUACACUUAAUAUCCCUUAAGAGUUCAUCUGCUAAUUUUUCAUUCUCUCCAUUUAAUUGACUGUAAAUGCUAGAUGGUUGAUUUGAAGAAAAAGCUCAUGUCACUUGGGGCCUGAAAAAACUUAGAAGUGUCUUUUUGAAUAUUAGUUUUUAUUUUAAAAUGCAUAAAAACACCCACAUGGAGGAUUUAAAUUGAUUAAAAGCUGAGUUAAAGCCAAUUGUAAUAUUUUCUUUGAUAGUUUACAGAUGUCUUUUUACACUUUAUCUGGUUUUACUGUCUGUGCAGCUUUAGAUAUCUUGAUUCAAUUAAACUGUUGGAGCAGUUUAUAUACAGACUUCAGUCUUCUGUCUUUCAAGACUUCUGUCAAGGUUUGUUUGGGUUUUUUGAAUUGGUCACUGGCCUUGACCAACUUACAUAUUCUUUUUUUAUCAGUAGUCUGUGUUUUACAUCUGUAUAGUGUUACCAAUUAUAUGCAUAAUUUUAUAAAUUGUGCAAGUUGUGCAAGUUCUGUUUACCUAGGGAGAAUUGGAUACUUAUUUCUUAGGAUUAUUAAUGUGUAUCCCUUGAUUUUUAUUUUACCUGAAGCCAUUCUGUAGCAAGACUAGAUAAAUUAUCUAGCAAUAAAAAUCUUGCAGUCAUGAGUUUCUUAGUAACUUAGCACUGCCAUUUGCUACUUCAGUUGGUUUUAGCAUGUAGCUAAACAUGUGCUUUACUGCUCUCUAAAACUCAAUCCCAGAAGCCAAAUGUCUCAUGUAUUCUGUGUUAAUUAAACAGAUUUGAUCAAUUCAGUAUAAACUAAUUUAUUUCCAUUCUGCUGGGGGAAGACCAGUGCAAUUUGUUUAGUUCCGAAAGUGCAGUUUGGCUAAUCAUUAUGUAGGAUCUGAUUUCUGUUUCAUACUCAGACCAUGAGAUCAUACCUCUUUCUUUGUAUAUUCUAGGUAAGCAACUAAAGCAGACUGGGAAGAUUUUAUGUUUCCCUGUUUGAGAUAACAGAUGCAUAAAGGGUUGUAGAUUGUUUGAAAGUUUCUGAAGUUUUUCAGGAGUUUGGUAAUUUUCCUAAUAAAGAGUGUCUAAAAUAUGUAUGCUGCAUGCUAUUUUAGGGACUGAUGCUAAUUUAAUGAGAUAGUAGCAAAGUUCUUCUUAAUGAGUCUUUCAUGUUUAUCAGUACAAUACUUCAGGCACAGUAGAAAACAGACUGGGUUGAACAGGUUUUACAAAUCUGUUCUAUAUUAUUUUGAAAUGGCUUCCUGAGAGACAGGAAAUCUAAUUUUCUAUCAUUUUAAGUGUAUGUGAAGAUGAAUUCUUGCUUUUAUAAGGAAGAACAAAACACAAGUAUCUUUAAAAUAUUAAAAUAACAUGUAUUUUAAAUUACAGUUUCCAGAAUCAAACUGUUCUCAGGUAAAAUAUCUGUUGAAAAAUUGUGUGUCAGUGCAGUAUAAAGUUUUGAAAAGCUUCAGAGGCUCUCUCCUCAUACUGUGUGACAGAUCUGACAAGUAUCAAACUCAAGAAAAGGCCUAUGCAUGUACAGCAUAAGAAAACAUAAUCAGUAUCUCUCUGCAAAACUAAAUGUUGUCAGAUUUUGCCAGAUGCAUUGUAAAUCCAUUGAUUUUAGGAAUCAGGUUGAAUGGCGUACCUACUCAUGUGAUCUCAAAUUGCAUGUGACUUCAAAAAUAAUUGAGGCGUAAGUUGUUGUGAUCAUCUUUCUUGCAAGAUUAGAUGCAGACUUACUAAAGUUUUCCUGCCUACUAGAAAAGCCAUUUGUGGCCAUCAGUGAUUGCCAGUUGCACUUGAAUAUAAACCCAUAUAUUUUUUUGAGUUUUAUUGCCUGAUGCCUUCUUAGUCAACUAUUUGGUCAGAGCUGGCAUUCUGCAACAGCCAACUAAAAAGAAAAAGUGCCAGUUGGGUAAGUUGCAGCUCUCUCCUGAUCAUUUACUCAUCAUCCUGCCAAAAUGAAGUUGUUGUAAGAAGCUAGAUGAUUUCUGUGUUUCAGGAGUUGGAAAAUGCAUUUUAUACAAUGGAUUUUUACCAUAGUUGAAUUUGUUAUUCACUAGCUUACAGUGGACAAAUCCACAAGUUCAGUGUAGGAAAGGGCUACAGUUUUUUAGCUUGGUUUGAUGUGCUUCAGGAGAAUUACAAAUCUGAUCAGCUUGGUACUGUUCAGACAGCAGAGUACAUGAAAACUGAUGUCAAUCUGAUUCUGUUAAAGCAAGUGCUUUUCCUCCCUAUCAAACAGUCACUUACUUUGAAGGGUAGGAGGAUAUCUUCUGUUCAGACAAGUAAACAAUAUUUUUAAAGGCUGUUCUUUUGGAAGGAUGUUGCAGCUGUCUGUUAACUGAUGGUUUGUUUGCAUUCAUUGUAAAAAGAGAUGAGCUAGCCUACAAGCCUCUGGGGCACAAAAGUCAUCAAAAUGGGUCCUGUGGUGCAUGUUCUGCCUUCCAAGGGAAUCGAAGCACACACAAGAACAAAAUGCACAGAUACAGAAGAAUAAGAUGCAGGUAAAAAAAUGCAUAUCAGUGUCUAAAAUGUUAGUGAAGUGUAUGUAACUAUCAGAAUCUGACAAUUCAGUUGAAAGGAAGAAGAAAUCCACAAAUUAAAGAUGAUUUAACAAAUUAGAAGCUAGCUUUCUUGUAGAUACUGUGUUAUAAUUAGUUCUUCAAACAGCAUGGUUAGUAAAGCCUUGUUUCCUGUGGCCUUGCUCGUUUCUAAGCUAUAGCACACAUGAAGCCUUCCCUGCCAGAGAUACAUUCCUGAUGGUGUUCUCCCAGGUGGCUUUCCCAGUGCCUGGUAUUGAUUGUGCGUAAAUUGAUUAUUGCUUGCAUAAAUCUUUAAAAUAUGAAUAGCAUUUUCCCACCUGUUAACUUUUUCAUCAAAGUUGUAGGUACUUGGUUUCUUUCAGCUUGUUAAUCUCUCAUUUUAAUUGAAGUGACUUAAAUUCAAAAGUUCUAGGAAGACUUUGUAGUGUAAAUAACGCUUACUUCUGUAUGGACAGCACAGAUGUAUAACCAUAGUUUCCUUUAAAAAUCAGGCUAAAAGGAAAGAUGUUGCCAUAGGACCGACAACUUGGAGAAUCAAGUUUUUUAGGACAAAACUGAGGUUUGAUUGGUCUUUUUGAAUACCUUGGCUUAUUAAGUGUGAACAAAAGAAAAAAUGGGUUAAGGAAACAAGAAAGAUCCAGAGAAGGGAAAAAAUGGGGGACAUCAGUAUUAGGGAUUUACCUGUUUUUCAUACUUAUUCAGUCUCAUUAAUUCCUCCCCCUCUACUCCCGAAUUUGUUAUUUGGUGUUAGAGGGAGGAGAAGACACUGUAGGAAGUCAUAUAUGAAAAUCCUUGACAUAAUAAAUUAAAAAUAACUGAAAGUAGAUUUGGUUGUUUUGUGAAUAAGGCUGAUUUUCGUGGUUUUGUAGUUACAUCUCAUUUUCCUAUAAUAAGAUCAUUUGUCUCUUACUUCUGAUGUGAAUGACCCACCAAACCCACUGAGAUUAGUAUGAAUUAUAUGCAGAAGUACUGUAAUGAGCCUUAAGAAACUUCAUAGUGGAAAAAAUACUUUGUUUAUGUUGUUUCUUUUAAAAAUAGUUUAAUAAACCCUGCAUAUGGAUGAUUUAAA